AUGCCUGCCAGUACUGAAUUCGAGGCCGCUAACAAGCAGUACGCGGCAACCUUUGACAAGGGAACCUUGCCCUUGCCGCCCGGCCGCAAGGUGGCCGUCGUCGCAUGCAUGGACGCGCGACUCGAUCCCGCCAAAGCCCUCGGCCUCGCUGAAGGCGACGCCCACGUCAUCCGCAACGCGGGCGGCCGGACGGUCGACGCGCUCCGUUCCGUCGUCAUUUCCCAGCAGCUGCUGGGGACGCGGGAAAUCGUCAUUGUCCACCAUACGGAUUGCGGCAUGCUCACCUUUUCAGACGAGCAGUUGCGCGCCAAGGUUCGGAGAGACCUGGGCGAGGACGUGGACCACAUCUCCUUCCUCCCCUUUGGCGACGUGAAGCAGAGUGUCUUGGAUGAUGUCCAGGUGCUCAGGAAGAGUCCUCUGGUGCUGGACGUACCCAUCUCGGGAUACAUUUACGACGUCACGAGCGGCAAGAUUGAACGGGUGGAUGGUUAA